GUUGUCAUCAAAUGAAAUUCGCUUCCUUUUGAGAAGGCAUAAAACAAAACUGUCUCGCCAAUAAAAUUUACUUCAUUUGUCUAUCGAUCAACAUGCUUAACCAAUCGUUAAGUGUUAACUAACCGUUAAAUGGCCUAAAUUGACUAUGUGAUUUACACAUGCUCAAUCUCAAUUUGCAAUCUUAAUUACUCGGAAAUAAUUUAUACAUGUGCAGUUAUCUCGGCUUUUCCGCGAAAGGCAAAGUAGUUCAAGUAUACAAACUUCAUGUACAUUUGCAAAUAAAAGGCGAACGUGAAAUUCUUACACAUGCAUCGUUCAUAACGGACAUAUUGUUUUGUUGGAUUAUUACAAGUUGUCAAGUUGCAAGACGCAGUUAUGAACAGGACUGCGGUGGAAUCUGUCGUUUCCUGUGAACCGUACAACUUUCUGGAAUGCCAUAUAGCGCGCUGGAUUUGGCGCAUUGUGCCGGUGUUUUGCAUAAGUGUUGGAACGAUCGGCAAUCUGCUUAACGUCAUCAUCCUGAAACGAAUGAAUCUGCGACGAUUCCCCAGAAAUGUAUUGCUAGUGUUUCUCGCAGUGAGCGACUCAACGUUUCUUUGGACGUUGGCUCUUAACAACGUCCUGUUUGCGUUAAACGGGCACACAUUUCUCGAACAGGGCGACGUUCUAUGUCGGACAACUUGGUUCGUUGGGUACACAGCUGCAGCCUUCUCUUCUUGGAUAAUAGUUCUAAUGACUACGGAAAGAACGUUGGCGUUAAGGGCUCCAGUGUUUUCGCGAAAAAUGCUAACCGUGAAGAGCUGUAAUUUAGCAUGCGGCGUGACCUUGAUCAUCAUUGCGGCAAUUAAUUGCAACUUUCUUUAUGGUUUCGACUAUAUAGAUUAUGCCAAUGGUGAACAACUUAGUCCUGAAUUCCAAAAUGUUACUAAAAUUAAAGCGAUUUACAAGCCAUGUUACUUUGUUUCAAAGAGGUAUAUGGAGUUUCAUUACGGCGAAUGGAAUAUCAUAGCAAUAACGUUGUAUUGUGUUAUACCAAUUGUUAUUUCUAUUCUUGGGAAUGUAAAUAUAGCGAUGGUAAUAAAUUUAAAAAGACAACAAAUGGUUUCUUGUCGUAUGUCUGAACACAAGGAACCGGAUAGCGAUUUUAAAUUGACUUCAAGCGCGGGCAAUAAUGAAAGAUCAACUAACGUCACCUGUAAUUCGUCAACUGAUUUGAACGAAGCAAACCAUAUAAUGCAAAAUACGAACUGUGCAAUGGUGGAUACAACUAAUUCAGAAAAAUACGAAAUUCAACGUAUGACGAACAUUUCUACGUCGCAUACGAAACCAACAAGAGACGGGUAUGUAAAUAAACAUGAUUUAUCAAUAACCAAAUCGGAUUCUAAGAAGAAGAAACGGCAAAAACUUCAAAGAAAGUUUCAUAAGCCAAUGGCUGGUAAGGGCAAAAGAGGCCAACAGGCAACGCGACUUUUGUUUUGUAUCAGCACGUUUUGGAUACUUUCAUACAUUCCGUUUGCCGUUUACCAAGUUAUCCGAAGCAAAAUUGAGGAUGUAUCACCCAAAGUGGCUUCCAUUCUUCAGCUUUCAAGAGCGGUCACACAUUCAGUGUUGUAUUUAAAUUUUGCUAUGAACUUUUUCUUUUACUUCGUUUCCGGAACGCUGUUCAAAAACGAAUGGACGAAAAUCGUUCUCCAGACGAGACAAGCAUUAAAGAGACUACACAUAUGUAACAAUUUAGACUGAACUAUACAUUAGCCGCGUCAUGCGAAAAUGGUUAUUCU